GAUACAAGAAACAGCAACAACAAAGGAAUCUUUCGCGAUAUUGCAAGUUCUGUAGAAAGGGUGAAUUGAUUUAUUAAACUGAUUGAAGCUCAAGGUCCACUUAGCCCGAAGUGAUAAAAAGUGUUAUCAAGUUUGUGAUAACGAGCUGUAUCGGUGAACACGCAGAGGUUUGUAGAAACAGUGUCACAUUUUCACCAGGAAUGGAUGGUUCUCAUCAAGAAUUAUCAAAAUCCAAGGUACCCGAAACACCAGAUAAGGGGGGUCCAUCUUCCCAACAUGUGGGCACUGGGACAGAUCAGAAAAAUACCAUGCUCGACAAGAGAAAAGCAACCAUGAAAAGGAAGGCUAAUUCACUCAAAGAUGAGAAGAGCAAGAAGAAGAAAAAGAAGAAGAAGAAGAUCCAACGAGUUCAGAGACCCAAUUACACUGUACAGCAUGGUGAGGAUAUGCUUCUGAUUAUAUCAAACGUUAGCCAGUUUGACAGUGUUUGGAAACCUAAGCGAAAAGGUUACAAGAGGAAAAAGGCCAAAACAAAGACCACAUCAGUGAGGAGGAAGAAAGAACCUACAAAACCCCGAGUCUCUAAAGUCACUGAAGAAGUUUUAGGCAAUGAUGUUGAUUUGGAGGAAUCAGAAACUGCUUUGAGCUUUGACUGGGGUCAGAGAAUGCCAGUGGAGGUGUUAGUUAAGAUUUUUGAACUGGUAGUUCUCCAAGAUGGUGCCAUACCUUUUCUCUGCAGGGUUGGCCGAGUUUGUCGUCUGUGGAAUAGUGCUGCUUCUUCACCAGCUCUUUGGCGCAGUGUGUCCAUUGGCUACUGCUGGAUUGAUCCUGGUAAGAGUCAGUUACCUGGAACUGAACAGAAGAUUAAGAACACUGUAGACUGGCUAGCACAAAACAGGUUCUCACAGCUGAGGAAUUUCAAGCUUUGUCACUGGAAAAAACAUGUUGACUACGUUGUUCAGACGAUAGCAAAUGCCUGCUCACAUCUCCAAUCCCUAGAGUUGUCAUACUGCAUGGGUGUGACAAAAGAGGCCUUUCAAAAUCUUGGAAUUGCCUGUCAGUCUCUUGAGAACAUAAAUGUGCAACACUCAGAGUUUCAGGAUGAUGGUCUGCUCUCUUUCCUCGAGGUGUCUGGGAGUCAACUAAGAAAGAUUUCCUUCACACGCAGCUCAAAAAGUGACAAACUUCUCAAUGCUUUGUGUAGGGGUUGCUGUCCUGAUCUCAGGUUUUUGGAGAUCAAUACUAAGUUAGACUGUGGAUAUUGCCCCCUUCCUAUCUGUGUACAAGCUUUGCAACUUGGCUGUCCCAAGCUACAGACUUUUAGGUUGAUGAAUAUUAACCCUGUUCCCAAAAUGAUUCGCAACACACCCAGUUCCACACUUGGCUUCCCCAUGCUGGAGGAGCUGUGUAUAGCCUCUUCAUCUCAUUCCUUUAUGAAUGACCAGGACCUGCUCAAUAUUCUGCAUGGCUCCCCCCACCUACGGGUGCUGGACCUGCGGGGAUGCUCACGCAUCACAGCUGCUGGACUAUAUGCUCUGCCAUGUGAAGGUCUAGAGUGUUUAUACUGGGGGCUGUAUUUCAAUAGCAAUGUCAGAGUGGCAUCAAACAAAGGCGUCCACAUGCUCACACAGAAAUGGAGCCAUAGCCUUCGCGAGCUGGAUCUCACCAACCAACCUUUCUCAGAAGAGGACAUGGAAAUUGCAAUGGGGCAUUUGGCUCAUGGCACUGGAGCAGAUUCCUUUCAUUCUUUGAAUCUCAGUGGGACCAAGAUCACAUCGUUUGCAAUCAGGUUAUUAGUGGGUCAGUCGACAGCUCUUAGCUACUUGAAUCUGUCAUCUUGCCGUUACCUUCCAAGGGGACUCAAACGAGUUUAUCGUGGACAAGAAGACAUACAUCAGCUCCUGGACAAGUUAAAUUAAUGUAAUUAAUGUAUAGUUUUGUUUAUGCUUUUGUAAUGCAUUUUAAGACUUAAUUUUCAAAGUAAUAAGAUCCACAAAGUGUUAAUAUGUGUGUUUAAAAUAGGCUACAUAAAACCACAAGUAGGUAAAUAAAUUAUAUGAUUGAUUAAGAUGGUCGGUUACCUGCUCUCUCUAUAAUAUUAAUGUAUGAAAAGAUGAGAAUAUAUACAGAGCCCCAAUUUGGAUAUUGAAACAACAAAGAUGAAGUUUGGUUUAAAGGUAGCAGACUUAUCAUGUAACAGAAAUCAACAACAUUUAACAAGUGGGUUAAAAAGGAAAGUUUAUUAGUGUUUUAAAUGUAAGCAUUCCACUAAAAUGGAUUCCACUCCUUAGUGUUUACCUCAGUCUUUAUCUAACAGGAUAGAAAAAUAGUAGUCUGAAAACAUGAAACCAUGCUGGUAAAUAGAUCCUUAGAAUGGUAGUAAUACAUGAAUCUCCCAAAUGCAAAGGUUUGUAAAGAAUUGUAAACAUUUGCAAUAAAAAAAUGAAACAAC